AUGAGUAAGUGCUUCUUUGUUUUUGUUUCUCCCAUUUUGGGGCUCCUCAACAGAGACCACUUCCAAAUUGUGUGUCUGCCGAAUGGUUGGCACGGAUGCACUACGCCAACUGCGUACGGUCGAUCCAAGGAGAGGGAUAACUCCCCCCAAGGAAUUACCCCCUUCUUGGAGGAACUGUCCCAUUCGAUAAGAGCUAUGUAUAAGCAGAAGAAAAAGUUGAUCAGGAAGGUAGAAAAAUAUUUGGCGAAUAGGACCCUGAAGGGGUACAUAAAUUUCCAUCACUUCGACAAACAACACAUGCAGAAGGAACAACAAAUUUACUCUUACACGUUUUAUGACAUUGAGGAUAAUUUUUUCCUGACAAAGGGGGAGCACUCUCCAGAAGCGGUUGGAGGAGGUACCCAAGGAAGGCGCCCAAGAAAAACCCCACAGGGCAUUCCUAACCUGCUUCAAAAAAUCAAACCCAUUUUAACCCAGUGUAGCCAUUUUAACCCCAAAGUGGAUAUACAUUUUGCUGAGCGGACACUCGAAAAGGUGUGCACAAAUGUCACUGAUAUGCUAACCUGGUGCAGACAAUUUAGGACGUCCAUAAGGUGGACCAAAAGGAGGGAGUGCAUAUAUAUAUACUUCGUUAGGAAGGAUUUCCCACCGGUAAUUAACACCAAACGGAAUGGUACAAAUGGUCUUCUAGUGGAAUGCCCAACUGGGUUUAAUCAACCCACCCCUUCUCAUAGUAAUCAUAAAAAUAUACGAACCAACACCAAGGAUAAGAACACCCUUCAACGGGUUCAGUUAGUUUGUGCCUUCCAAGUUUUAUCCACCAGAGGAAGAAUCUACAAAAUGACGAAGAAAGUAUGCUUCCUUCUGUUUAGUCUUAUUCACAAAAUGGAGAAAUUUCCCAACUGGGACCUCCUACAUAUGUUAAGACACGUCCACCACGUGGUUGUAUCUUUUCCUUACCUUUACGUUUGUUACGCACAGGAGGGGGGCUCCACCAGUGGGAAUACCUCCAAUCGAGAGAAGCGCUAUGGUCUGGGCAAACUUUCCCUGGCGCACCUCCAUCCCCACGUGGGAGACCUGCAACGAUUAAAAAGGAGAAGAAAGAAAGCUCUACUUAGGAUCUUACUGAAGGAGGGAGAAUUCCCCUUCCUACUAAAAAUGCACAAACUGCUUCUUUAUUUUUACCUGUACGUGAUUGGAAAUUUGUGCCCAACGUGGCUCAACAGCGGUAGAGGAAGCAGGGGGGCGACCAACGAGGGGGAAAAGGCGACAUGCGAAGAAACACUGCUGUGGAGCCGAUUCGACGAAUUCAUCAAACAAAUUAGAAGAGAAAAAUGGAAGAAAAAAAUUUAUUUCCAUCUUCGAAACUGCAUGGAGGUCCUCUUCCAGCGCGACAAAAAGGGUGCCCACACGGGUGAAGAAAUGAGUAACAAAUCGCACACCUUGGAAGGAGGAGCGAGAGGGACAAAAGGAACGCUCAUAAAUUCGUUUAUCUUGAGGCCCAUAUGCAUGGAUGGGCAUUUCUCGGGAAAUGCAGAAGCUACCCAUGAGGGGAUGCCAGGAGACAGGGUAGUGGACUACGAGGAGGUCCUCUCUGCUGGCAGAUCGACAUCCGCUAACGCCGCCAACCGUGACAACCCACCCACGGGGCAACACAUCCGAGGGGCACACACAGCAAAAGACGAUUACGCCAACUUCUUCAAACUGCGAAACAUGAAAAAGACGGUCCGCAUAUUGGGCCCAGCGGUGAUGGAAAAAAUGGCGAACAAACUGUACUACAUCAGAAGGAAUGCCUUUUUAAAUGUGAAUGCACACAGGGUAGAACUACUGAGCAUAGUGAGCCAAUUCGAGGAGGAUGCAAAGGGUGUUCUAUGUGCUGUAAGGGAAGCAUCAUUUCAUGAUCGGGGUGACCCAACACCCAGCCUCAACGGAGAAGAAGUGCAAAGAUUGUUACACCACAUAUGCAAAAAAAAGCGAGUUAAUAAAAAUUUAUCUAUUUUUAACAUCCCCAGUGGGUGCAAGGGAAGGGGAAAACUGCGCCAUGUUGGUCAGACCAAGGUGAAUAACAAGGUGGUGAGAAGUUUCUUCCGAUUGGAGAAGUCCCCACGUGAGAAACGACCCCUUGAGGAGGCACUUCGACGGGGAAGUCGAAGCGGUACCCACAAAGUUGCCCUGAAAUAUCUGGUCCAUUUGGUGAAUGGACAUAUAACCUUCGCUGUGAAUAUUUUUUCAAAGGAUCAUAAAAAAUGGGGGCCCUCAAAAAGUGGGGUGCACUUUCUCAACGUGUGCAAAAAUGAUGUAAUUAAAAAUAUGUUAAUAGAAAGAACAAUUCACUUUUUGGAGGAUCUCCUAACCUAUGUGCACGAAAAUCUCCUCUUCGUGGAGACAGAAAAGACGCAUACCCCCAAAGGUUACCACCACUUCCCCUACAAUGUGUGCAAAAUAUUUUGUUACGAAUUGAAGCAAGAUAAAUGUGAGCUGAAAAAAAUAUACAACGUAAAACCGGGGAGGGAAUUUUAUGUACACCUUUUUACCUUAACAAGUCAGGCAACUGUCUUUCUCUAUUCCACUGGGGGGAGCGGCGGCACCUUGUGUAACCCUUUUUUUGUGAAGUUUUUUGAGCAGAGUAAAUUCUACGACGCGUUUUUGGAAAGUACGAAUGAGGGGAUCUGCGAAGAAAAGCAGCACAGCAAUGAAUAG